AUGAUUGGCGCACCCACGGCAGCGUUCGAGCCUCCGGUGGUUUGUUCAGUAGUGGGCGUCGAGCCGCUGGCGCUGGCGAAAGAACUGGGGGUCCAGGCCAUCGUCGAAAGGAUCACACAGACCAUCGUGUGCAACGGCAGGGUAACGAGGCCUGGUGGCGACGGGGGUGGGAAUACCGGAGAACGAGGGUUAGAACGAAGUCUGGACGUGACCGUCACGACUUUUGAGAAUCUACAUGAGCGUCGACGCCGCCCGCUUUCAUGUCCUUCCUCCCCCGCGCAACAGCGAAAACAGAAGCAGCAGCACCACGGCCACCCGUUGUCGCCACCUCGGCUACCCCGGUCUCCAACACGAUCGCAGUCAUCGGUGACUGAUGGCUCAAACAAGCCCAAGCGCCCGAACGAAGACGUGGAGCGGCUCAGGCGAGUCGUGCGAGACGCCAUGUCGUCGACGCAACCAUCGCCUUCAUCCUUGUUGUCUCCCAACGGGGGAUUUUCAUCAGAGGGGAGAGAACACGGUGGCACGCAUCACCCGCAGUGGUCACAGAAGCAUGAGGCCUGUCUGUCGGAGAUGAGACGAAAGCUGAGGGAGACGUGUUCUCCCUUGCUGAGAGCCAAGGACCCAGCCGUUCUGGUCGCAGCUCUAUUGAGACGGCAGGGGGCGGUCAUCAGGCAGCUGGACGACGCCGUCCUGUCGUUGGAAGAUACUGCCGAAGCACUGAACGCCUUAGUGUCGGUGUCGUCUCGAUUGAGGAUGGCUGGCGUCAGGUGA